GACGGUUCGCGUGGGUUGGGCGCCUAGUGUUCUCAAGUCUAAAGACACACUCUCUCUCUGUGGCUGGGCUAGCGUUCAUGACACUGCGACAAGCGAGCAAAUUCUAACUGAGAACCCCCGAAGUCUCUGCGUGUUUGCUGAGAGCAGGAGGGGAGGGAGAGAAUGCCUUACAUAACGCGACCUUCGCGGCAAUCUGACUACAACAAUUUCCCUGCAAGUUGCCCCAUCGUCAUCGAUAAUGGCGGUUCCAACUUCCGGAUCGGAUGGGCGGGAGAGUCUGAUCCUCGUAUUACCUUCCGGAACGUUGUUCAGAGGCCUCGUCACAAAGCAACCGGUGAAACUGUUACUAUUGUUGGUGACCAUGAUCCUGCAUUGAUGAAAUAUUUUGAUUGUACACGCUCAUCAUAUCGUUCAGCCUUUGAUAGCAAUGUUGUUUAUCAGUUUGAAAUAAUGGAAUAUGUUCUUGACUUUGGUUUUGAGCGAAUGGGUGCAGAUGGAUCAAAGGUUGAUCAUCCUAUCCUGAUUACAGAAUCUGUAUGCAAUCCAGUUCAAUCUCGCAGUAAAAUGGCAGAACUUCUUUUUGAAACUUAUGGAGUACCAUCACUGGCAUUUGGUGUUGAUGCUGCAUUCAGCUACAAGUACAACCAAGGACUUGGGAUUUGCAGCAAAGAUGGUCUUGCUAUAUGUGUGGGAUUGACUACGAGCCAUUCUAUCCCAAUUGUCAGUGGAGAACCUGUUUUUGAAGCAUGCUGCAGAGCAAACAUUGGUGGAUACCAUGUCACUGACUACUUGAAGCAGCUUCUUUCUCUUAAAUACCCCAAUCACAUGCCUAGCAUUACAUGGGAGAAGGUCGAAGACCUGAAGAUGGAACACGGUUAUGUAGCUCUGGAUUAUACUUCAGAAGUUCGGUUAUUUCAGAAAGGAGGGAAGGAAGCUGAAGAGAAAACAAGAUGUUGGCAACUUCCAUGGAUUCCUCCUCCAACUGAAGAGCCACCUUCAGAGGAAGAGAUUGCAAGAAAAGCGGCCAUAAAAGAGAAGCAAGGUCAACGUCUGAGAGAAAUGGCUGCAGCAAAAAGGUCUUCUAGAAUAAAUGAGUUGGAAAAUGAACUCAAUGGUUUGGAAUUUCUUAUGAAGCAGCUUGAAAACGUGGAAGAGAAUGACAUUCCAGCUUUCCUGUCUGCGACUGGCUAUGUAUCCAAGCAGGAAAUCGAGUCUAGUAUUGUUAAGGUAUCACAAUCUUUACGAAAAGCGAAGGGAGAACAGGUUGAAAAUGAGGAUAAACUGGAGUCUUCUACUUCUGAGAAGUAUCCUCUCAUUAAUAUUCCUGACAAUAUGCUGUCACCAGAGCAGCUAAAGGAAAAGAGGAAACAGUUAUUUCUCAAGACAACAUCUGAAGGCCGUCAGCGUGCAAAACAGAAACGCUUUGAGGAGGAGCUACAACGAGAAAGGCAAAAUCAACAAGAUGAAGAAAAGCGCUUAGAGAACCCAGAGCUGUAUUUGGAACAGCUACGCACAAAGCAUAGAGAGCUCUCAGAGAAAGUUGAGCAACGGAAGCGGCUGAAGGCAAAUGGAACGCGUACAAAUGGGAAUCAGAAUUUGUCAGGAGGUGUUGGCCGUGGUGAGAGGCUGAAUGCCGCACAGAAGGAAAGGAUGCGCCUUUUGACAACAGCAGCCUUUGAUCGAGGGAAGGGUGAGGACACAUUUGGAAGCAAGGAUGAAGACUGGCAACUAUACAAAUUAAUGAGCAGAGAUAAUGACGAUGAUGAUGAUGGACAGGAGGAGGAUGAGGCUGAACUAGCCCGUGUCACUUCUCGACUCCAGGAUAUAGACCCAACUUUUGUUGCGAAAUUGGAUGUUGGUCCCUUUCAACCACUUACUGAGGCUCCACGGUUUCGUCCUCUCACCAAGGAAGACUUCCAGAUCAUAAUUGGUGUUGAGAGGUUCCGAUGUCCUGAAAUUCUGUUUCAGCCAAACAUGAUUGGGGUUGACCAGGCAGGGCUGGAUGAGAUGGCUGGAAUUUCAAUACAAAGGUUGUCUGUGAAGGAGAAUGGGAUUGAGGACAGAAUCACCAAUUCAAUCCUUGUGACUGGUGGGAGCUGCCUCUUUCAUGGAAUGACUGACCGCUUGGAAGCUGGGAUCCGAAUGAUCCGUCCUUUUCAGUCGCCCAUAAGAGUAGUCCGGGCAUCUGAUCCUGUUCUUGAUGCAUGGCGAGGUGCUGCUUCUUAUGCUGCUGCUCCACUAUUCUUGAGGCAGACAUUUAGUAGGCAGGAUUAUUAUGAAAAGGGUGAAGAUUGGCUUCGGAGAUAUCACAUAAGGUACAGUCUGUGAUCACUUACUUAAACAACAUUACAGAAGGUUAUGUGGAAACACUUUAAAAAGUGAUCUGCAUACCCACCAUCUUAUCCUCUCACCAUUUUCCAUUUUGUGAAAUAUGAAUAUGCUAAACCUGAUGCUUCUUCCUUGGGUCGGCAACUUAGAGAUAUGGCUUACUGAAUUUUCCUUCAUAGGUUAUUGAAAAUUAAUAGAUGCUAAUUAUUGUAGUUUUGCUUUAGAUUUACCCAGUUGUUUUCUCAUACAGCUAUAAGCCUAUGAUAAUUAUAGUUUUAACUGGAUUUUUUGUAUGAACACCGCCUUCUUAUUACUGUAAGGAGAAUUGGCUUCCAAUAUUGGGUUCAAGGGAACCAGAAUCAUUACGAGCUUUUAUCUCC